AUGACCCGUCCACCGGGGGGCGGUCAAGCACGAGAAAAUGGAGAGCAUCGUUUCCGCCAGGCCCUUGAACCUACUGCUAAACGCCAAAAGCGUAGUCCGUCCGGCAGUGCUAUACUAUCAAAAUUCUUUGUUAGUAAAAAGUCAAGCACGGAACCGCCCCACGAUGUUAUCGAAGACGAUUCUGAAGGCGGAUUCAACUCCGCGUCUAGACUCGAACAUGGAGAAAGUUCAAGACGCGAGAUUCAUGAUCUAACUCAGGAUGGCUCCCAAGCCGACACCAUCGACUUUGCAAGUACUACUAGUGCCGGGAAGCAAUCUGCGUCGGCAGGUGUUGUGGAGUACAGAUUGGCCAACCCAAGAAGUAAAACCAACCGUCGUGCACUGCGCAAGUCCCGAGCAGGAAAGACUGGUGUUAGUUCACGGGAUAGCGAUGACGCCCGUUCCUCUCGCGAUCACCUCUCGCCCAGUGCUCACCAGGCUUCAAACCACAUGUCUCAUGAACCAGGUCAAGAUACGCCGCUUUCCCAUGUGACUUCUGAUAUCCUGGCACAUUGCGACCAAGCCAACAGAGGCCAACCUGCCACGAAGCGCAAGCGUGUUCCGACGGUAAAUAUUGGCGGUUCCGAAGAUGAGCUCGCUCAAUCUGAGACACACAUGUACGAACCGCGGACCAAAAAAAAGACAACCAACUUUACCGACGUGAACCGGAGAUUCAAGAGCCGAGCGGAUAUACUACCAACCGCCUUUGUGUCUACGAAGUCGACUACUGAAGGACACAAAUCACAGUCUAGCCCGCCCAGUCUACCAGACAUUCUCGUUGCCAACGCUGCCUCUGGCAAGUUUGCAUAUUCUUCGGCAUCUCAACCCGACCAUAAAAUCAUGCUUCAUUUGGAAGAUUCGGUUGCUACGGUAAUAAACGCGGCUGAGGGGCUAACUCGACGUCUACCAUGGCUUGAGAUUCAAAGGUCGAAGGUCAACAGAGUGUUUCAUGCGGCAACACAUAGUCCGUUUGUCGUCAUCAAACGCUCUGCUGUGGACACUUUAUCCCCAAAUCUAGCAUUGGAGUUCGGUGACAAAGACGGUGUAGUCUCUUUAUUGGCGUGGCUCUCGCAACAACCCACCGAGACUAUUGAAGAAAGGCCGGUUGAGGAACUCAAAAGGAUGUUCAACAAGCACUUCGAAGAGUCUAGCGACUAUGAAAAGCGCGCCCCGUCAUUUACGGAGGCGAGACUCCAGCUCAGCAGUCCGGUUGAGCGAACCCAGCUCAAAUUCCGGAUCCCAGAAAACCUCAGAGAUCCUUUUAACCCUCAAUCAAAACGACCAGUUAAGAAACUCAAAGACAAUAUGCGGGAGUCUAUCGCAGAUGUGUCAGAAAUCCCAGGACGGGAGAAUGACGUCGUCUCCGUCGUGACUCGCAGUCAAGGGCCCGGAACCCGACGGACGAGGAGAUCACCCCCUUUGCCUUUGUUGGAGAUCGCCCCAAAUCGCUGGACUGAUAAAAACCCAGACUGGGACAAGAAUUGGCACAGGUCCCUGGUAUUUCCUGCAACUGGAAAGGAUCGAGCGACGGUUGACAGAGAUGACAUCUCUCGUCUUGAUGAGGGAGAAUUUCUCAACGACAAUCUUAUCAGCUUCUACUUUCGAUACCUGCAGACCAGACUUCAGGCAGAACGACCGGAUGUACUUCAGAAAGUCCAUUUCUUCAACACAUUUUUCUUUGCGAAACUCAAACCGAGCCGAGGCAAAAUCAACUAUGAAGGUGUCAAGUCGUGGACUGCCAAGGUCGAUUUGUUGUCGUACGACUACAUUGUGGUCCCAGUCAAUGAGAACAUGCACUGGUAUCUAGCAAUCAUCUACAAUGCGCCCCGAAUGCUCGCACAUAGCCAGGGAAAAGAAGUCUCAGCUGACCCCGAAACGAUCAAUGUGGAUCGGGUUGUCACAGGGGCCUCGCUGAGGACGUCACCCUUGGAGCAGGACUUGGACAUUGCCGUGCUGGAUAGCGAAGGGGCAAAAGAAGCGGCUAGAAGCCAGUCAUCAAUUGGAACCAUCGACAUCCUCCCUCAAAGCUCUGCAACCAAGUCACCCAACACAAGCGCAGUCAAGAAUGGCAAGCGAAAGUCGGCGGGCGGCCUCCAGAAGUUCAGUUCGGAAGAACCCAAAAUCAUCACCCUUGACUCACUGGGGUCCUCACACUCGGUGACUUGCAAACACCUGAGAGACUACCUCGUUGAAGAGGCUAGACACAAAAAGAAUGUCGAGCUCGCCAAGAUUCCGGGUGGGAUGACUGCGAAGAAGAUCCCCGAGCAGGACAAUCACUGCGACUGCGGUGUGUUCGUCCUUGGCUACAUGGAGGAGUUCCUAAAAGAUCCGGACGGCGCUGUCCGCAAACUUCUCCAGAAAGAGGAUAUGGGGUGGGAUAUCAACCCGUCUGAAAUUCGUGCCAAGGUACGACGCCUUCUCUUUUCACUACAGCAUGAGCAGGAGGACCGACUAGGAGCGGAGAAAGCGAGAAAGAGACAACGAAAGUUGGCGAAGGAGCCUAGUUCUUCAGGGCCAUCGGCGUCACAAUCCGGUCAGUCCUCGCCAAAAGAACCGCCGGAGAGCUCAAAGACACCGCAAUCGAAGCGAGAAAUCACGAGUCCGUUGGCGACCGGCAUCAAGAGUCCAGCUGUCGCGGCUCUUCAACGGGUUAUGAGCGCGACAACGUCGCCCAAUAUGAGCACGUCUCCCGACAGAUUUCCCCAGCCUCGUAGUCUGAUCAUCGGCGAGGAUCCCAAGUUCGUCGUGCCUCUGGACGAUGACUCGAGUCUAGGUGCUAAGACCUCUGGCUCUGGCGAGGUUCUGCACUCGGCCCGCGAGUCACCGCAAGCAGCGUCACAAGUCCCAGUUGACUUGACAACUGCGGAGCCGGACGAUGACACCAAGGCCACACCUAUCAAGCGAUCGAUACCCAAAUUUAUUGCGAGGCUGUCGAGCUCGCCGUCCAACCGUCCCUCUACCUCCGAGCCUCGAGCGGUGAAACGAGAUAGGUCGGAGUCUCCAGAGAUCAUACACGUCGAAAAGCGCCGUUCCCAAAAGUCCCCCUCCGCUCAACCGCGGGCCUUGACUCUGUCUCCAAAAGUUCUUCCAUCCAUCGAAAGCGACAAGCCAGCCGCCCAUGGACCGCAAUACGACGGAAUCGACCGGUCAUUCGACAUUGCGUCCCGAUGA